GGCAUGGUGUGGCCGUGGACCUGCGGUACGCUUUGAGGCCCCGCGUAAGUCGUCUGAACGUCACUGCAAGCACACUCAAGCCAUACAGACACGAUGCAGCUGUGCCCCAAGGAGCUCGACAAGCUCGUUAUUUCCCAAUUGGGACUGCUCGCGCAGCGCCGCCUGGCGAGAGGUGUUAAGCUCAACCGCACCGAAGCAACCGCCCUUAUCGCCAACAACCUCCAAGAACUCAUCCGCGAUGGCAACCACUCCGUCGCCGACCUCAUGGCCAUCGGCAAGACCAUGCUCGGUCGCCGCCACGUGCAGCCCACCGUCGUGGCAGGCCUGCACGAGCUGAUGGUCGAGGGCACGUUUCCCACGGGCACCUACCUCGUCACCGUCCACCACCCCAUUUCGACCGACGACGGCGAUCUAGCGAAGGCCCUCUAUGGCUCUUUCCUACCCAUUCCCUCCAACGACAUGUUCCCUCUGCCCGAGUCGAGCGUAUACGAAUACGAGAAGCAGCCGGGUGCCAUUGUGGCCGUAAAAGGCGAGGCCGGCGUCAUCAAGCUGAAUGAAGGGCGCAAGAGGAUCAAGCUCAGGGUCAAGAGCAUGGGAGACAGGCCUAUACAGGUUGGAUCGCACUACCACUUUAUCGAGACCAAUCCCCAGCUGUCGUUUGACCGCGUCCGAAGCCACGGCUAUCGCCUGGACAUCCCUGCGGGCACGUCCGUUCGAUUUGAGCCGGGCGACACCAAGACGGUCACUCUGGUGCAGAUUGCCGGUAAUCAGGUCAUCAAGGGCGGCAAUAAGAUUGCACCAGGUCACAUCCACGACUUGAGCGUUGCAGAGAGUAUCGUGGAGCGACUGACGGCCGGUGGUUUCCUCCACGUGCCAGAGCCUGCGGGUGAUUCUGCACACAUCGACGUCUGUACCAUGGAACGCCAAGCUUAUAUCAGCAUGUUCGGCCCCACAACAGGAGAUUUGAUCAAACUAGGUGCGACAGACCUAUGGGUCAAGGUCGAGAAGGAUCUCACACGAUACGGCGAUGAGUGCGCGUUCGGCGGAGGCAAAUCACUCAGAGAAGGCAUGGGCCAGGCUGGUGGACGCUCUGAUACCGAGACCCUGGACACAGUCGUGACGAACGCCCUGAUCAUUGAUUGGUCCGGCAUUUACAAGGCUGAUAUUGGUAUCAAGGACGGCAUCAUUGUCGGUAUCGGCAAGGCGGGUAAUCCAGAUGUCAUGGACGGUGUCGAUCCGAACAUGGUUGUAGGGUCUUGCACUGAUGUCAUUGCUGGCGAGCAUAAAAUAAUCACAGCAGGAGGCUUCGACACGCACAUCCACUUCAUCUGUCCUCAGCAAGCUCACGAGUCAAUCGCAUCGGGCAUCACGACUUUGCUCGGUGGUGGUACCGGACCAAGCACGGGCACAAACGCAACAACUUGCACACCAGGAAAGACCCAUAUUAGGCAGAUGCUGCAAGCUAUCGACACGCUCCCGCUCAACUACGGCAUCACGGGCAAGGGCAACGACGCCGAGCUCGGGCCUCUACGGGAGCAGGCCGAGGCCGGCGUCUGUGGUCUAAAGCUGCAUGAGGACUGGGGGACCACGCCCGCGGUCAUCGAUGCGUGCCUGACUGUGUGUGAUGAGUACGACAUCCAGACCCUGAUUCAUACCGACACUCUGAACGAGUCCGGCUUCGUCGAGCAGACCGUCGCUGCGUUCAAGAACAGGGUAAUUCAUACUUACCACACCGAAGGUGCAGGCGGAGGCCACGCACCCGACAUUAUCAGUGUCGUUGAGCACGACAACGUUCUGCCGUCAUCUACAAACCCUACCCGACCAUACACCCGCAACACUCUGGAUGAACAUUUGGACAUGCUCAUGGUGUGUCAUCACCUGUCGAAGAAUAUUCCUGAAGACGUUGCCUUUGCCGAAUCACGCAUCCGUGCCGAGACCAUUGCUGCAGAAGACGUCCUCCACGAUCUCGGCGCCAUAUCUAUGAUGUCGUCCGAUUCACAAGCCAUGGGUCGCUGCGGUGAGGUCAUCCUCCGCACCUGGAACACAGCGCACAAGAACAAAGUCCAGCGCGGCUACCUAAAGGAAGAUCAAGACACCGGCGCCGACAACUUCAGAGUGAAGCGGUAUAUCAGCAAGUACACUGUCAACCCCGCCAUCGCCCAGGGCAUGGGUCAUGUCAUCGGCAGCAUCGAAGUCGGCAAAGUAGCCGACCUCGUCCUCUGGAACCCCGAUACCUUUGGCGUCAAGCCUGCGCUCGUCGUCAAGAGCGGCUUCUGCUCCUACGCCCAAAUGGGUGACCCCAACGGAUCCAUCCCCAAGGUCGAGCCCGUCAUCAUGCGCCCCAUGUUCGCCCCCAUGGUGCCCGCGUCCAGCAUCACCUUUGUAUCCCAAGCCUCCAUCGACUCCGGCGCCAUCGCGUCCUACGGGCUGCGCAAGCGCGUGGAGGCCGUGAAACACUGCAGAGACAUUGGCAAGCGCGAUAUGAAGUUCAACGACGUGAGACCGAAGAUGACGGUUGAUCCUGAGACGUACCGCGUCGAGGCGGAUGGGGUGCUGUGCACGGCGGAGCCGAGCGAGGCGCUGCCGUUGACGCAGGCGUUUUUCGUGUAUUGAGCCGCGUAAUCUGUAUCGAGAAGCCGACUCGGCGUGUUCAAUCCAAAAUAUUGUGUCGCUUGCAUUGGGAAUUUGGGUUCGUGCUGGAUGGAGUGCCUGGUCGUGCUCUGGAUUUACGACUC